AUGCCAGAUCACCUCAAUACCCGUACCAGGCCACCCCAAUACCCGUACCAGGUCAUCCCAAUACCCAUGCCAAGUCACCCCAACACCCAUACCAGGUCAUCCCAACACCCGUACCAGGCCACCCCAACACCCACACCAGGUCAUCCCAAUACCCAUACCAGGUCACCCCAACACCCAUGCCAGGUCACCCCAAUACCCGUACCAGGUCAUCCCAAUACCCAUGCCAAGUCACCCCAACACCCAUACCAGGUCACCCCAACACCCGUACCAGGUCACCCCAACACCCAUACCAGGUCACCCCAACACCCAUGCCAGGUCACCCCAAUACCCGUACCAGGUCAUCCCAAUACCCAUGCCAAGUCACCCCAACACCCAUACCAGGUCACCCCAACACCCGUACCAGGCCACCCCAACACCCAUACCAGGUCAUCCCAAUACCCAUGCCAAGUCACCUCAAUACCCAUACCAGGUCACCCAAACACCCGUACCAGGUCAUCCCAAUACCCAUACUAA